AUGAACUUCAAUUAAUAGGGAUACCCAACAUAAAUCAAAUCUCAAAAGUCAUUAAAUUCUCAACAUUAAAACUCCAAAAAUUCUAAUAAAAGAUCAAUACUAAAUACACCUCUCUUAUCGAAGCAUUCUAAAACAAAUCGAAUCAACACUCUAGACGACUUAAAUAAUAAGGAAAAAUUCUUAGAUUUAAAAAAUUUAAGGACCCCGAUAACAAAAUAAAUCUCCCUUGACACAGAGCCUUAGUACUUUCAGGGAAAGAGACCUUCGGAUAUAGAUAAGGCUAACUUUCUUUAAAUUUAAACUGCAAGGACUAUGCGCUCUAGUUAAAUUGAUCGAAAUAAUACUAUGAAAACACAGGCAAUAUAAUAAAUUCCAACGGAAUAGAGGAACAAAAAUUAUUUCAAAAGCGAGUCCAUUAGUAAUGAAAAGAUCUUAGAUUUGCUCUUAAUGAACACAUAAGAAUUAAAGGGGUUUUUCCAGAAAGAGAAAGAACCCUUACAAAGAGCCAAACCAAGAAUAAAUAAUGCAAAAGGUUUUCCUUCCGAUUUCUUCUCUAUUUUAUGA